AUGAAGAAAAAGGUUCUUUUGAUGGGCAAAAGUGGCAGUGGCAAAACUAGCAUGCGCUCCAUUAUUUUUGCCAAUUACAUUGCUCGAGAUACACGAAGACUUGGUGCAACCAUUGAUGUCGAGCACACCCAUGUGCGUUUUCUUGGCAACUUGGUGCUCAAUUUGUGGGAUUGCGGUGGACAGGAAGCUUUCAUGGAGAACUAUUUUGCGUCGCAGCGAGAGAACAUUUUCAGAAAUGUUGAAGUUCUGAUUUAUGUUUUCGACGUUGAAUCAAGAGAAACAGAGAAAGACAUGCAUUAUUACCAAAAUUGUCUUGAAGGCAUCAUGGAGUUUUCAAAAGAUACGAAAAUAUUUUGCUUGAUUCACAAAAUGGAUUUGCUUCAAGAAGAUCAACGAGAAUCAAUAUUCAAAGAUCGUGAAAGUCGUUUAAGAAAGGCAUCUCAACCACUUGAUUUCACAUGCUUUCGAACGUCAAUUUGGGAUGAAACGCUCUACAAAGCUUGGUCCACCAUCAUUUACUCACUAAUUCCUAACGUGCACGAAUUGGAGAAGCAUCUAAACGUGUUUGCUAAAAUAAUAGACGCUGACGAGGUGCUUCUGUUUGAGCGAGCUACAUUCUUGGUGAUCUGUUACUGCGAAAGAAAAAAGCACAAAGAUGUUCAUAGAUUUGAAAAGGUAUCUAACAUUAUAAAGCAGUUCAAGCUAAGCUGCAGCAAACUCGCUGCUCAGUUCCAAAGCAUGGAAGUUAAGAACUCGCAGUUUUCUGCAUUCAUCGAUGGUUUUACCCCUAACACUUAUGUGAUGGUCAUCAUGUCUGACUCGUCCAUUCCUUCUGCCGCCACUCUUCUAAACAUCCGCAAUUCACGUAAACAUUUUGAAAAAUUAGAAGGCGUUAAGAAUUUGUCUCAAUCUUCAAGUUCAUCAUAUAGCCGUUGA